GGACGGGGACCAAGGUUAAGCUGGGGCCCUUGGGGGUUGCGGUGCCACACUCUGUUCCCAAUCUCCCGCUUCGCGCUGGCCGCUGGGCAGGGCCGGGGGGGUUCCACUUUACUUUUUUAUUAUUAUUCUGAGUCCCUCUGAUGGGAUUUCCUCUUGUUCUGACUCGUUCAACAGCCAGUGAGAGUCUGAGGGGACCGAAAGUUACAGACCCGCCAAUAAUGAUAGACUGCGGGACCCAUCAUUUCAGGGAAGCAGAGCUGCAGAGGCCCUUGCUCCUCUUGUCUGACAGAACGGGUAUCUAACCCUUCUCUCACCGUUAUUAUUCAAAGGGCCCUGUAGUUCUGGUUGUAGGAGGACAGGGACUAUUGUCGAUGAUGAAACCUGGCAUACAUACAUAUCCAGGAGAGAUCCCAGUGGUUUUGGAGGCAUGCGCAGGGAAUUUUUCUUCUGGCUGUCUAUUCUCAAAAAAUAAUUAAUAAUAAAUAAUAAUAAUAAAAUAAUAACAAAUCUGACCAUAGAGUAGUUCGUAGCCAGAUUUGGCAUCCGUCUGUCUUUCUCGUUCAUUUUCUGGGCCAUUCUAGGCCACCCACCAUAGGCCGUUUUAGAUUUUUUUUUUUUCUGUUCCCUCUUCAAACUUCAAUUUUUUUUUUUUUUUCUUUUAGUGAAAAAAUAGAAGCAAAACCAUGGAGGAGAGCGAGGGAGUUUGGGUGUACACAACAGCCUCUCUCGUCUUCCAUGCUCUCACUCUUCUUUUCUACGAGGUGUGAGAGAUCAAACCAGCCUAGAACCACCAAGAUCAGCGGUGGGAUGGGAUGGGGUCAGUAGAAAAAAAUGUGCCUCGUUGUUGCUGCGCCAUUUUCCCGCCUAGUCGCCCCGGACUAGGGUUUGUCGGUAGCGUCUGCUGAGUGGGUGCAACAGUGGCCUGCGGGCCUGCGGCUGCGGGCUCUGGGGCUGGAUGGUGGACGACGGCGACGACGAUAUGGAUGGUGGAUGGUGGAUGGAUGGGCGGAUGGAGAGGUGGGAUGGGACUUGAUGCGCUUCGCGCACUUUCUUUUUUCUUUUUUCUUUUUUUUUGGCUUUUGGGGUCUUUUCUUGCCGCUAGACUCCAUACUGGCUGGUUCUUGCUUGUGCUGCUGGGCUGCGGUGCCUGGUCUCACCACUAUUGCGACGAGUCCGACGGCUGGUGUCAGUGGUUGGUGUGGCCAGCCCACACACACGCACCACUCAGCGUCGUCGGACCCUAUCUUGCCCCCGUCGCGCGCCGCCUUGUGGGAGAGGAGAGGAGAGGAGAGGAGACAAGACGAGACGAGACGAUGUGUGUGGUGCGUGUGGUGUGAGUGGUGUAAGUGGUGUGAGGCCUGUGUUGUUGUGCUGCUGUGUUUCCGUCUGUGUCGGUGAUGGUGUGAGUAGUAAGUAGUGUGUGUGCGUGCGCAUGUGCGGUGGUGGUGGUGGUCUGUAUCCAAGUCGCUGACUCUUCUCUCUUGAUUCUCUGUCUCUGUCUCUCUCUCUCUAUCUCUCUCUCUCUCUUUCUCUGCCUCUCUCUGCCUCUCUCUAUCUGCUCUCGCAUGUCUGCUUGUGUGGUUGUCUGGUUGUCUGGCCGUUCUGCACGCUGGCUGGGGGGUUCUUGUCGCAAGCCUAUCUAUCACCCAUCCAUAGCCCAUCCACAGCCCGCAAUCAAUCGCUAACUACGGAGUACUUGCUGCUCACACUCAUUUUUUAUUUUAAUUUUUUUCUUGAAUCCCGCCGCCCACCUCUGCCCUGCUAAAUAUACUAGGUAUUAUUGUUCUGCUGCUACUUCUUCUUAGUCCUUAAUAAUUAUUCAUUGUCUGUCGUCGUCGUUCUUUUUCUUCUUCUCCCUCCAUCCCGCACCACCAGGGCCCUUUUCUCUCUCCCUCUUUCGUUUGUUUGUGGCUAUUUGCCCGUCCCUUUUUUUUUUUUUUUUUUAAUUCUUCUAUUAUCUUUUUUUUAUUAUUCUCUUCUAAUUCGGACCUUUAUUAUAUCUUUUAUACUUUACUAUUACUAUUACUGUUCUAUUACUCUUCUCUUCUUCCUCACGGUGUUCGGCUGGACUCCUCCAUCUUGCUCGAACCGUCCCCAGUCCUUCCUUUGGCCCAUCCAGCAGCAGCAGCAGCAAACAGACUCUCUAUCUAUACACUCUUAUAUCUUGCAAUACUUGCAAAUCUUGUACUAUGCAUAUUCGAUAAUCUUAUCGCUCUACGGUCCUUUACCAAAUCCCAACGCGAACCAGACCAGAUACAAAACAUACUUGACUCGAAUCGCCGAGAUAAUCGCAACUUAACACUUACUCUCUCUUAGACGUCGUGGGGAUCGGCCAGUCACUCCUUUGGCAGUCAAAAAUCACUUGAAUUAAUAUAAUCUCUAUAUCUCUCUCUCUCUCUCCCCAAUUCCUAUACCGCGUUAUUUGUCACUAUUACUCUUCCCACUUCGUUUUUUGCGCAUGUACUAUUUUACCUUGUAUUCGAUCACUGCUCGCCCCCCUUUCGAAGCGGACUCAACAUAUCUUGCAAGGAUUUCAGUUGAGAUCGAAUUACCCCCCCCAUAUUGCUUUUCUAAUAUCUUCGCUACAUACCGGAAGAGACAGUCUCUUAUUCUUCUUGGAUCUUAUCGACUCCAAAAACGCCAAUCGUCAUGGAACCUACCUACGCCAUGCAUGCCGCGCCAGUUUCCGGGCCUUCGCCCUUUUAUUAUUACAAUCCCGACCCGGAUACACACAAUGGGCAACACGGCCACUUCUCGCCGCAUCCCUCAGAGAUGCAACAGCAGCAGCACCCAAAUGGGCAAAUGCCAAUCUACCCAAACCAGGCUAUCCAGCAACAGCAACAACCAUUGCACCCGCAACAAACCAUGCAAGAAAAGCCCGCCGGAUACCCCCACGGCCACCUCCCAGCCCAGACCCAUGCAAUGAGCCUGCUGAACGGAACGAUGCAUAUGACCCCGCCAACCGCAUCACCGCAACCACCGCAACCACUGCACCUCAAGCCCAGUAUUGUGCUGCACCAGGACCUUCCUUCACUGAUUCCCCUGGACACCUCGUGCGGUAAUAGCAAUGACAACAACGGCACUACCGAUCUCUACGGCUUCCCGUCGACGCCGCCCUUGUCGUCAUCUGGAAGCACCGUGAGCAGCCCGCCAUCGAGCUGUGGGAUGCUGCACACGCCGGUGAAUGGGAGUUUUUUCCAAUUGGAGACGAUUGAAGGAGUGAAGGAGGGGUGCCAGAGCGAUGUGCAGACCGAGAUACUGGCUAAUCUUGACUGGGCACGGUCGAGUUCCCCUCCGAUGACGCCAGUGUUCAUCCAGGGCCCAGCCAGAGCCAGCCACCGCGAGGGGCUGCAGUCUGGGCUGUCCAGGGUCCUCUCCAGGGUGGCCUCCGCUAGCACGGCCGCUAACUCGUGUCCCUCCCUUUCGCCCUCGCCCUCGCCCGUCCUCACCUCCUUACUUCUGCAUCACCCUCACCAACAUCACCAACACCACCACCACCCUCACCCUCCUCCCGCCUCGCUGCCUCCCCCGCCCUGCAGCUCCGACUUCUGCGAUCCUCGCCAGCUCACCGUCGAAUCCUCCGCCCAGUCCUCCUCCUCGUCCGAUUUCCCUCCCUUGCCCUCGCUGUCGUCGCCCUCCCACCAUCCCGACGAUCUCCACCCCGACCACGAGGCCCACAAAUUUAACCUGGGUGCCGAAACUAAUUCCUUGCCGCAUCAUCUGUCGCACACCUCCCUGAGCGACUCCGCUGACCACACUGACGAUACCCUGGGUAGCCUGCCGUCGUUUGACAGCUUUUCUGACCUCGAUUCCGAGGACGAAUUCGUCAACGACAUCGUCGACUUUACCCCGACCGAAAAUACUUUCUUCCUCGGUGACAAACGUCGACGCGUCGCUUCCUACUCUCCCGACGCCGACGAUCUCGUCAGUGAGCAGAGUCUCGAGGACUUUGACGACGAGGAUUUAUUCGCUCGCUCUGGCUUGCCUCUCCUGCCCUCUGAGCUGCCAGAACCGGAGUCCACCCCCACCACCACCUCCACCCUGGCGACCGGUGACAUGAGGACGAAGAAGCGCUUGACCCCGCGCAAACAGGUCAAGCGCCCGUCGUCCUCUGACAGCGACUCGGAUACCCUUGGCUCCAUCAUCAAGGCUGCCCAGGCCAAUGUCAACAGCCGUGGCAGUAAUGCGAACGGCAACACCAAUGGCACCCACACACUUGGUGAAUCUACCUCCUCUACCCAGCAGCAACAGCAACAGCAACAGCAACAACACCAGACAAAUGACGCCCCUACAAAGGAGACCUCCGAGAGUAACCUGCAAACGUCAAACACCUCCGAUGCCACCAUCCCUGCCCCUGUGGUCCCUGUCAACCGUCGCGGCCGAAAGCAAUCUCUUACGGAAGAUCCCUCCAAAACCUUCGUCUGCACACUAUGUUCUCGUCGCUUCCGUCGCCAGGAACACCUCAAGCGCCACUACAGAUCACUCCAUACCCAAGACAAACCGUUUGAAUGUCACGAGUGUGGCAAGAAGUUUUCCCGCAGCGACAACCUCGCCCAACACGCCCGCACACAUGGCGGUGGCGCGAUUGUCAUGGGUGUCCUAGACACACGCGACAUGCAUACCGACAGCGGCUCGCCCUACGAUGACCAAGACGCCGGCGCGCUAGGAGCGGUGCUGUACGAGGCUGCCCAGGCCGCCGCCAACAAGUCCACCACCAGUGAAUCGUCCUCCGACAAUGGCAUGUCACCAACACCAUUCCCCGAUCGCAAACGGCCCAUCAAGAAGCGCAAGAGGGAGGAAUCCGCGUAAUCUCUUUGCUCUCCGUCUUUUUUUAAAUACUUUUUGUGUCUAUAAAAAGAGCAAAAAAAAAAAACCCAUCUGUCCGCCCUUCUCCCGGCUGAUUGCUAGGAGCCGGGCGCUACGAUUGCCAUGCGACCAGGAGAUUACAUAUUUUCUUAUACCUCAUCAAGUCCUCCCUCCUUCUACAUAUCCCGUAUAAUAGAUCUCAGGCAUGCAUGCAUUGGUCUUUGGACCUUGUUGGAGUUUGAUAUCUCUUGAAAAGGAAAAACUCCCUCAUAAACAUUUUCCCUCUUCUCCUUACAUUGGUGUGACUAAUUCUACUGCUGUUUACUGGCGUCGUGGGAUAAUUUAUUUAUUUAAUUUUUAUUCUCAUUUUUUGGGUAAGGUGUGUGUUAGGGGUCAUCGUGAGACAUUUCCUUCCUAUUGGAUGUUUUCAUUUUUGGGUUCUAUAUAUAAUUUUCCGUCGACUCGACAAUAAUUUUCCACCCUUAACGCUAAUCCGAUCGAUAAACAUUCCUCGCCCGGAUUUCGUCAUAGGUCAUUGAGAGCGGGGGACGCAGGAAGGAAGCAAAGAAGCAGGGCAGAGAGGAAGGUGUCACAAACCAUGCGUGGAUGGAUUGUCAUUCCCUGCCACGAUACAGCUUUGCUGUCCUUUGGUUAUUGGUAUGUGCGUGUGCGCAAGAAAGAGGGUUAGGAAAUAAGGGGGUGGUGGGUGAUCAGAUGUUUUAAAGAAACCUCCCAAAGCAAUCUUUGCAUUUUGUCUGCGUUUCUCGUUUUGGUAUAAAUUUAGUCGUUUCUUUUAUCUUUCUCGUUAUCUUUCCUUUCUUCUUCCUUUGAACUCCCUCUUGCUGUAUUAAUUAUUACUGUUCUUCCUCUUGGAUCUUAUUGUUUUCAUCCAUCCCUUUUGUUCCCCCCAAGGGCCAAGUUACUUCUGGAUGGAAAAAUACCCAACCCCUUUUUCUUCCACUUUUCUCCUGGUUCUAUCUCAUUUUCAGGGCCAUGGUUCUCAGAUUUGUCUUUUCUCUUUUUCCCUUUCCUUGUCUCAUCUCAUCUCAUAUUUUUCCUAUAUAUGUUUCUAUAUCUUCCUUUCACCAUUCCCAAUUUUCAUUUGUCAUGUUUCUAGGUGCUGGUCACGAACAACAUGAUAAACUAUUUCAAAGGCAUUUAUCAAAUUUUCAUUUGUUCUCUCUCCUCCCCCCUCCCCCUUUUUUUUGAAAUCUGUCAAUUUUUAAUAUAUCCACACUAAAUGUAACACCCCUGCCCCAUGUGUUAUAUCAGCUAUAUCAGGUGUAUCGCCCUUUUUUACUCUUGUUUUUAAAAAAUCAUAUUCUGCUAUUUCCUUUACCAUUUACUCAAUCCUCUCAAAUCCUCAUAUAUCAAUGAAAUCCACCCACGAAAAAUAAAGAAAGUCGGAAAAAAAAAAGAUGAAAUGACUUCUUUCUAUAUUCUCUUGUCUUUCACUCUUCUCCCUCUCUCUCUCACUUUUAUUUCUCUGCUGUAUUCGUGUGACAUUCUGUAGAAGAUAGAGACAAACAAAAGCGAGAAGAGAAUUUAUAUUUAUUUCAUUUCAUGUUCCAUAUUUCUUUCUUUUGUCUAUUUUUCUAUUUUCCUUGCUUUUUCUUAUUAACUACUAUAUCUCUUGUUUGAAUGUGCAGAAUGACAUGAAAAUAUAUCACACAGUCAUGCAUCACACACGCAAUAUAUUAGUGAAAAAUAUUCAAUAUAUUAUAUAUAUAUUAAUAUAUAUCUGCAUCUGUAUCUGAACAGAGACAUCUAUUAUGUGUUCAGCUUUAGACCAGAUGAAAUUAAAUGUCAAUGAAUUCAACGUUAUUGAGCUGAUAUGGUGGUUGAAAGCCGUCUUCCUGGUCGGUGCUUAUUAAGCUAGU